UGUCGCACUUCGAGUUGAGGUCGAGGUUAGACAGGAUUUUUUUCAACUGACUCACUUCAAACCCGACAGCGAAAAAUACACAGCAGUUUCACAAUGGGGCUAAUGAGUAAAAGCUUUUUUAGACGACGAAGACAAAAAAGCAAAAAGAAACUCAGUGAUUCUUUAGCUUCUUUGGACAGUCUUCAAACACAGGUAGACGAAACUUUGCGCUACGAAGAUCAACUACAUUUACAACGCGACGAAACUUUACAACGACUGCAAAAUGCGUCGCAAGCAAAAAAGGACCUUGUUGAAAGAAUCAGAGAGAAGUCAGAGAAACUUGCCAGGCUCAAUGACAAAAUCAAUCAGACAAAUGUUGCGUUGACAAAGARUAGAGAAAGAAAUUCUCAAAAUGAAGAAAUAUGCCACCAACUUGAAUUAUUUCACAAGGAACUACCGACCAGAAUGUGGACACUUCAAGUCCAACUAAGUCGAGCAUUUCGCGCCAUAGAACAAGCAAAAAGGAAUAUUUCCACUGCUUUUUCUAAACACCGUCGCUGUCGCGAGGAACUUGAAAACAAGAGAGAAGAAAUCUUACGGAAACAAAUUCAGAUAAAGUCUACAAAGGAAAAGAUUGCUGGAAUGAAAACAAAACUUCAAAACGCUUACGACUGCAAAAAAGUUAAGGAAUUUGAACAGAAGUCUUUGGAGUCCAUGAUUGUUUAUGUGAUGAACAUGAACCUUCGCGCUGUAAACAGUCGUUCAAAAAUGAUAGAACGUCGUGGACAGCACUUGGAAAGAAUGCUUCAAAACAUGAACAGCGAACUUCGACAAUACAAGUCUUGUCUAGAUGAUCUUAGAAUUACUUCACACAGGAAAAUAUCAGACGAGAAAACAUUGAAGAGAUGUAAAUCCUUCCCGCAGAGAAUCAACAAAUGCCUGGAAAUAUCUGUUGUAUUGGGUGACUUGUAACACCGCAAAGAUUAUACAACAAUGUGUCUUUUAAAGAUACCUCUAAUAGUUUUCAAAUGAACAAGACUGUAAAAAAGGAAAAGAGAAACAGCUUUAAUGCUUUAUCUUAAAAACUGACCCUCUUUUGACGUUUAGAAAUCCAACCUUGCUUGUAAACAAAAUGUCAUGGUGCGCGUUUCACUGUUAGCCGAUUGUUUCAUCGCGUGAUUAUUUCUCUAGCGUAACAAUUUUGUUUUUAAUACGCGAUCUUUUCGCUGUAAAAUAUUCAUUAUUUGGCAAGCGUGACUAAGGUGCAUAUAUUAAAGAUUUGAAACAGUA